UUUUAACCCCAUUUCCUCGCAAUAAAAACGCUUGUGGGUAGUUAAAAGUGUAAAUGUGCUAGUAAACGCUUGUCUGUAGCUGUUGUCAUCGAUUUUGUAUAUUUUUUCUAGUUCUACGGAAGAAUAACAGAAGACGGCUGAUGAGACGCUAGGUUCAUGCACUGCCUUUAAAAAAUGCAUUGAUUAGUGCAACACUCGAUAAAAUCGCUUAAGAUUUAUAGUUGUAUUUCAUAAAUUGUAUUGCAAAUAAUAAUUAAAAAUGAGUGACAGUUGGCGGCAAACAAUGAUGAACAUUACUGAUCGGAUAUUUCCAUCUCUCCCUCCCGAAGAAAAAGUCGGAACAGCUUUUGGUAACGAAAUCGUAUCUAGUCUUCCACUGCAAAUGUCACUGUAUUUUAACGUUGUAUACUUUCCAUUUUGGCUUUAUACGUUUUUAUCACUGAUCUCGUUUAAAUUGAAUUGUUUAAACAUGUUGACUCAAACUAUAAUCUCCGUGUCGCUAUUUUUGAUAUUGAUGCUGGAAUGCGCUCGUUUAUACUUGGGUGUUCAAGGAAAUCUCAACGAAAAAAUUCCGGAUUUGGCCGCAUUUUGGAUGUUUUCGUUGAUCCUCCAAUUACCUCUACAGCUGGUAUUCUUGUUCCUGAACAACAUGCCCGUUGAAAUGGCCGUCCAAGGUAUAAUGUGCCUUUUACUCUUGUCGCAGCUCGUUUUUGGGUUCGUGGUCCUACGUGACAUGGCAAAACACCACAAGCUCCGUUUCCACAUAUCACAAUUCUACUGCACUCGGCACAGCAAAACCGAAUGAAUCAAAAACAUAUGAACCAUUAUAUUAUAUUAUAUUGUGCACAUAAAUAUAUAUAUUUUCAAAUCA